AGAGCUUUUUCUGCGAAAGCUCCACACGUCUGCGGCCAUCUUUAAAAGUGAUCUCUUUCUUGCGACUGUUUUGUGUGAAUUUUAUCAGCGAUUUCUAUUACCAGCAUUCGUGCAAUUAUCAACAACAACCCUUGCAAAUCAUCUCAAAGGAAGCCAACAAGCCAUCAACUGGACUGUUCAGCAUCCUGAAUUGCGUGCAAACUCAAUUGUCUACACACCCUGAAGGAGUGGGAGUGGCCAAAAAACGAUUCCAGAGAGAAGAAUACCCUGAGAGCGACAUUCUAAAGUCCCUUUGCGGCGCAAACCCAAGAGGAUAAGUGUAAUCGACAGCCAAAACCAUCAGAAUGACUGAUUCAAUGAAAUUCGGGCCGGAGUGGCUGCGCAACAUGUCAAAUGACACAGGCACUGGAACAGGGAAUUCCGCCCAACGUCAUCAAUUGGCAGAAUUCCGAUAUGGUCGGGAGGAAAUGCUAUCGUUGUUUGACAAAAACAUCAAAGUCCCGGACAUUUUGCCAAAAUUCAAAAACCUCUUCGUGGAGAAAAUACAGUGUCCACUCGCACUGACGCCUAGCACUGAGGAUGAUCUCCGUGUGUGGCAGGUACGGAGCUCACCGGGACUGGGAUUGUCAAGUCGCGGGGCGCGCGGUGGUCUCAUUGAUAGAGGACGUGGCCGAGGACGCAGUUCAUAUCAUUCUCUAGGCGGCUAUCAGCGUUCCACUUCACUCUAUGACGACGAAGGGAGGAUCAUUGGUCGAGGUGAACGAUGGCCUGAACGGAACGGAACUGAUUCGAGUGACUGGAAUGGCUUGUCCUCAACGAGUCCACGGAAGGACUUCAACUCACACGGACGGGGUGGGAGUCAGGAGAAUUGGCGGAGGAAUCGCUUAGAGGAUGAUGCGUCUGAAGGGUGGCGCAGCACUUCGAUUCCUGCAACUCGCGAAAAGUGGACUCGAUCUACGAGUUGGCGGGAUGAGGAGCCGGCGGAGAUUUCGUCGCUGCGUGGCUAUAAGAAUGACCGUGGCUUCGUCGGUGGAGCACGUUUAGUUCAUACGAUGGGUGGACUGAAGGUGUGGGACCAGGAUGACAAUCUACCGGAGUGGGCAAUGGAGAAUCCGCUGGAGAGUGGUGGAAGCUUCGAUGCCACGGGUGCUUUUCAUGGAUCGGACGAGGAGAAUGAGAAGCGGAGGCGCGUGGAGAGACGAACUAGUAGUUCCUUCUCCGGGUCGGAUAACAAUGAGAAUGAUUCUGAAAGGAGUGGAAAUGAUGAGAGCUCUGGACAUACGAAGGAGGAUGAGAAGAUGGUGGGCAAUUCGACGGAGGAUGAUAUGACGGCUAAUGAGAUUUCACGUGUCAGUCCGACAGUGAGUCAGGAGAAAGUGGCCACGGUGAUUGUCACGACGUCUACGACGAUCAUUGCCUCGUCAAUUGUCACCACAACGGAGGCGCGAACAGCGGAAAUUGAGAAGCACCCGCCGGGGCAGCAAAUGAAGAAGGAAGUAGUGGACAUAGCGAGUGUGGAUAGAAUGCAAGAGGUGGCGGAUGAUAUGGUUGAGAAAUUGAUAAUGGAGGACGAACUGGUGGCGAGUGCUGGAGCGCCUCUGGUGAGGAACAAAAUGCAUUCACCGAUGGUGAAGGAACCGCCACCACAACCGGCUCCACACGCGCCACCGCCGAUGCCAAGAACUCAGGAGACUGACAGCAAUCUCAUCUGGUUCUAUCGCGACCCACAGGACAUGGUGCAGGGUCCAUUCACUGCCAUUGAGAUGGCAGAAUGGUAUCAGGCGGGCUAUUUCGAUGACAAUCUCUGUGUGAGGCGCAUGGGUGAUCAGAGAUUCUCAAAGCUGGGUGAAUUGAUAGAGUUGUGUGGUGGUGAUAUGCCAUUCUUUGCCCCUUAUCGAAUUCUGCCGCAACAGAUGAAUGAACCACCUCUCGCGCCGCCCGUCAAUCUUAUUGAUGAUCCGUCCAUGUCCAUGAAUUUCCAGAUGUUGCGCCAACACUACCUCCUGAGGCAACAAGCGCAUGUGUAUCAGAAGCUCUCCACGUCGGAUUUCUGGCAUAUGCUGUCGCCCGAGCAACAGCGUGAGAUGAUCAACAAGCAAGUGGCGCAUUUGGGUGUGCCGGAUAACAUCUACGCACUCCUGGCGGCCACUCAGAUGGACUCGCAGGGGCACAAUCAUCCGAUUGGACUGCAGGAAUUAGCCGGAAGGAUGCAGCAACACCCACCGGCGAAACUUCUCAAUUCCACGCAUCCUCCUCAGCCCACACCGGGCCCAAUGCAUCCCAUGGGGCCUUUUGGAGCGCCUCAUGUUUCCGGACCGGGAUUUCCUCCUCAAGGACCAGCGCCCACAAACAAUCCCGCCGCCAUGGCUAGUGAGACCAUGAAGCAACUCAUGCAGAACAUUAAUCUGGGAAACCUGGUACAGCAACAACAACCGCAGCAGCAGCAGCCGAUGGGCGGCCAUCCAAUGCCGAUGGUGACGCAAAUCCAACAGAAGAGCAAUGAUCAGCAGAGUCAAAAUGAUCGGAUAAAGUCACUCAUCAUGCAGCUGAGUAUGCAGAAGGGGAUGUCACAGGCGCCGGAUACAAGUGGCACAGCUCAGUGGGCAUCAAUGCAGCCUCCGGAGGAAUUCAAGCAACCGCCACAGUGGAUGGGAAGUGGACCAGUUGAACCGUCGCCACCACAGCGAGGAAUGUGGGAUGCGACACCUCAAAUGGUAACAGCUCAUCCACCACCUCAAAUCCCUCCGAAUAUUGAGAUGAAGACAGAGAAGCAGAUCCUGGAGGAGCAGCAAAUGGCACGAGUGGCAAAGAUGAAUGAAGAAAAGAGGGAGAAUUUUUUUGAUGUGCGCCGGCCAGUGUCGCCGGAAGUACCAAAAAAAGAGGAGAAAAUCCAACAGAGUAGUGUGAAGAAGGUGGAAGAGAAGACUGUGAAGAUGCUACAAGUGCAGGAGGAGAAGCCAGUGAAGGGGAAGAAGGUUGUGGAAACGAAGACUCAGGUGAAGCCGAAAGAGGAGGAGAAGAAGAAAGUGCAGCAGCAACAGCAGCAGCAGCAGCAGCAGCAGCAACAACAACAACAACAGCAGCAGCAGCAGAGAAAGAUUGAGGAGGAAAAGAGAAAGCCAAGCAGUGCUGGGCAAGAAGAACAGCCGAAGAAGGAUGUGCCUGAUGUGAAGAAGGUGCCAGCGGCGGGGACGGUGAAGAAUUCUCAGGGACAACAAGCGGUGGGAAAGAAUAAGACGUCGAAAUCUUCAGUGGCGCCUUGGUUGAACAAUGACAUGACGGCGCCUGGAAUGAGCUUGGCGGAGAUUCAAAAGGCGGAAAUGGAGCACCGUGCUGAGCAGUCGCGAUUUGAGCAGUUGGUGCGCGAGCAGCAGCAACAGCAGCAGCGUCUGAUGGACAUGCAGAUGGCUAAAGAGAGUGUUCUGCCGAAGUGGAACGCGCAGGGAGCGCCGCCGGUAGUGAAGUCCCUGGCGGAGAUUCAGGCUGAGGAGCAAGCCAAGGCGGCAGCCGCUGAGCGGGAGCAUCUGGCCAUGGUGGCGGCGAGUCAGGCGAGCACUGGAAUGGUGUCCAAGGCGAAGCGUGAGGAAACACCGUCGACUUUGGCGUUGGGAUCCAUUUGGAACAACACUGCCCAGAGUCUGUCGUGGAAUUCGGGCAAGUUGUGGGGUGGCACGAGCAACAGUGGCUUCUGGGAAGAGCCCACGAAGCCGAGCACCUCAUUUGCCACGGCUGCUGCGGCUGGUGGGGCGCCUGUGGCUCAGAAAUCCCUCGCCAAGAGUCAAACAAUGACUAACAUUCAGACUGCCAAGAUGACAGCACCGGCUGCUGUGGCACCGAAGCAAGUUGUCGCUCAGAAACAAGUGAAGCCCACGACUAGCAAUGCCAAGGGUCAGCCGGGGGGCGCUACGAAGCCGAGUACGUCAGGGAAGGUGACUAGGAAAGAUGACGGGGGGACGGAGUUCACGACGUGGUGCACCAAAGCUCUGGCUGCGAUGAACAGUACUGUGGAUAUUCCCACUUUUGUAUCUUUCCUCCAAGACAUAGAGUCGCCGUAUGAAGUCAAGGACUACAUUCGUAUGUAUUUAGGUGAGACAAAAGAGUGUACAGAAUUUGCCAAGCAAUUCCUCGAGAGGCGAAGCAAGUAUAAGAAUCAAAUCCGGGCACAAAAUGCACAUGUGGACGAUAUGUGCUCACCGGCACCGGCUAUAACGCCAUCAACAGACUGCCAGGAAGUUAAAGGAAAGGGCAAAAAAGUGAAGAAGAACAAGAUGAUGAAACUAGAUUCCCGCAUUUUGGGCUUUUCCGUGACAGCGGCCCAGGAUCGCAUCAACGUGGGCGAUCGUGAUUAUCCGAAUGCUUCCUAAAUAUCCUUGAUAUUUAUUUCACAGAAAGAGAGAGGAAGAAAUGAGUGAAAAAUUUCAGAAAUAUAUAUAUAAACAUU